AUGAAAACACAGAAUCAGAAGAGAGGAGGGGAAAAGAGUAAACGAGGGUCAUAUGCUUUAAAACUUCAUUGUCUUUUGGAAUUCACUUUAGAAGCAAAGAAAACCAUGCCUGUGGUUAAAAAUCCCAGUAAGGACUCUUCCGCAUCAGUGCACUUUACCAAACUAACAGGGAUGACAAUGAAAUGCUUCUUGUUUCUGGCCGUUGCUGCUGGCUGCCUGCCUGUUUUGAUUAUAAAAACAAAACCAUCCAAAGUUCCAUAUGAUACACUCUUUACGGAAAUGGAGGCUGUCCAAGAAGAAAUUGUUACUACACAUAACAUCCUCAGGAGAGGAGUAUCUCCACCAGCCAGCAACAUGCUGAAAAUGAAUUGGAGUGAAGAAGCUGCACAAAAUGCCAGAAUGUUGUCAAAGGACUGUGAAUUGGUACAAAGCAAUGCGCUCAAGAGGCGAAUUACAAAUACUUUUUGUGGAGAAAAUAUGCAUCUGACAUCUUAUCCUAUCUCAUGGUCAAAUGUGAUCAGGAUCUGGUACAGUGAGUCUAAAUAUUUCCAGUAUGGGGAAUGGACAUUGAAAGAUGAUGACGUGACAACUGACCAUUACACUCAGGUUGUUUGGGCCGCUUCUUAUCUUAUUGGCUGUGGCAUGUCAUCAUGUCAUAAAGGAAUUCAUUAUCUCUACAUCUGUCACUAUUGUCAUGAGGGAAAUGAUCCUGACAAGAAGAAUGUACCUUAUAAUAAGGGAAGUCCAUGUGGAGACUGUCCAAAUAACUGUGAAGAUAAACUAUGUACGAACCCCUGCAUCUACUACGAUGAAUACAAUAACUGUAAUACACAAACUCAACGUCUUGGCUGCAACCACCUGUCAGUUCAACGACUCUGCAAAGCUAGUUGUAUGUGUCAAACUGAGAUAAAAUAG